AUGUUCGUUGAUGGAAGCAAAGAGGAAAGUGAGUAAAGAAAAAAAGAAAAAACGCCCAGAAGAUUGUUGCGAUUCCUGCGACGUAAAUAAAGGAGCAAUAAUACCCAACAAAGUUGAUUACGAAAAAAAGUACGGUGAAGGUCGUACAGGAAAUCUAUGUUUCAAACACAAAUCAUGCAAACAAUGCGCUAAAAAAAUGUUAUAUAGGAAUAAGCAAUGUUGGAUUUGUUUUAACAAAUAUAUGGGUACAUAUUGGGGAGUCGAGGAUGAUGAAACGAAAAAAGAUCAUGAAGAAGAACAAGCGAAAAAUCAAGACGAUGUCUCUACAUCUUAGUCUUACAAAAUUAUAGUAGGAAGUAAAAUAAGACAACUACAGUUUUGUUCACUUGUACAUUGUUACAGAAAUUGAUGAUAUUUAUUUUUAAAUAUCCAAAAAUAAAUUAAAUAUAUGUUUUAAUAAGAAUAA